GUAACCUAAUACGCGAUACAAAGCCAUUGGGGUGCUCUCUCUUCUCCACAGGUCACCUAGGGAAUAAAAGGUCUCUUCUCUGUGAUCUCUCUUUCUCUCUCCGUAGGAGGAAGGGGAGGGGAAGAGAUGUCGCUGACAUGCGUCAAGAUGUCGGAGGAGGUGUGGCUGACCUGCCUCACCCACGCACUCACCACGGAGACGGAGGAGAUCAUGGGCCUCCUCCUCGGCGAUAUCCAGUACAUGAAUGGUGGAAAUGCAGCUGCUCUGAUCUGGGGAGCAUCCCCACAAAUGCGGUCUGAUCGUAAAAAGGAUCGAGUGGAGACUAAUCCUGAGUUGUUGGCUGCAGCUUCAGCUCAAGCUGAGAGAAUGACACUGACAACAGGAAGGACAACAAGGGUAAUUGGGUGGUACCAUUCACACCCUCAUAUUACAGUUCUUCCAUCUCAUGUAGAUGUUCGUACCCAGGCAAUGUAUCAGUUGCUAGAUCCUGGUUUUAUUGGACUGAUCUUUUCUUGCUUUAGCGAGGAUGCUCAGAAGAUUGGAAGAAUUCAAGUCAUUGCUUUCCAAUCCUUGGAUGGGAAACAGAGGCAUGUGUCCCCUGUUACUAAUAGUUCCGUUAUAGAGCUUGAAUCAUCUUGGAGUUCCUCAGAGAAUAUGGCAUCAACAUCAGGGUCUGCUUUGACUGAAAGCUUUGAACAGGACACUGGGGACUCUAGAGCGACCAAAGCUACCAAGGUUGGGGGAAGAUCUUCAGAUUUAGAGGAGUUCUUUUCUCAUGCUGAUGUCAAUUAUUUAGGGAAGCAGAGAAUGAGAGGAAACUCUCUUGUUGCUUACAAUGCCAACAGCGCACAUAACAUGGCAGCUGAUAUAGAUUCUCCGGAUAUGACACCAAGCAUACAGGAGGCUUUGCAUCGCUCUAAUUUGGACAUGAGUGGUGCACAGUAUAUCAGGAAGGAAGUGCCGCUGCAAGUAUUGCCAGCAAGGUAUCUGCUGAAGCUCGACUCCCCCUUAACUUCGUUCACAGAUAUGCAGCGUGUACUGUUUGAGGAGGAGCGAUCUGCAUAUAACCAAGCCAUCUCCCAAAAUAUGCGCGGUGGGAAAAUGCACCCCCUUACUUUUGUGCAUCACACGUCAACGUACCAGGCUUCUCUGUGCAAGUUGAUGGAAUACUGUUUAAGCCCUGCUGUAAAUGCGCUCCAGGACCGUUUGAAGGAAAAUGAGAUUCGGUUAGCUUUGCUAAUGGAGGAAGCCAAGUUUUUGGAGGCUGAAGCUGUCAGCCGGGAGAGUGAGAUGAACUCGGGAUCUCCUCGGCGUUUGCCAUCUCACGGUGUUCGUGGCAACCUACCAAGGGGGCAGAGAGAGAGGGAGGUGCAUGCUUCAUCAGAUUCUGCCGGUGCAAGGAGUCCUAGUGGUAUUGGGAGUCGUAGAAGGGAAUCUUGAUUUGUACCAUAAGCAAUUUCUGGUCUUAAAGCUUUUUGUCGGUCCUUAUUUUAUGGUAUGAUUGUAUUAUUACUCUGUUAAGAUUAUCGAGAUAUGAUCAGAAUGAAUGCCGGCUUGUUCGACU